UUUAAUUAUUUUCAGUUAUUGGUUCUAUACUUAGAACUCCUGGAUUAAAACAGGGACGAAAUCUCUAUAAAUACGACAAACAACGGUUGACAAUCAUCAGUUCACCACAAUUCUGCGACCCGUAACCACAAUUAUCUGAACAUUCAUUCAAACAAGAAUACAAUGAAGAUAAGUCUAUAUUUAAAUUUACUCCUCUUGGCAUCAGUGAUGAAAAUUGUAACAGCUAAUGUUAGAUUUCAACGUUCACCUCAACAAUACUGUGGAUCUAAAUUGGCAGACAUCAUGAAAGCUCUAUGCAAAAGCAACUACAAUAGCCCAAAUUUACAAAAAAAAAGUCAAAUCGAUUCAGAUGUAUGGGAUUACAAAGACCUGGAAGACUACAAUGCAAUUGACUACCCAUACCUACCUAAGAAAGAAGCAAUGUCAUUUAUGCCCUCACGUUUACUUCGCUCUGUCAAAAGAAGUAUCAUCGAUGAAUGCUGUAAUAGACCUUGCUAUUUAUCUGAACUAAAAAGUUAUUGUGGAAGUCAGUAGUAUAGUAGACUUAAUUGUAAGUUAUUUUAGACGCUGAAUAAACUAUUAUUAUAUAAACA